AUGAUGAUGUCGAACGGCCGACAGGGUGCCUUCUUUGUGGUCGCCCUGGCAGCACAUGCAAGUGGUGAAAACGCCCGCGCUUGGAGACAGCAACAAGAAUGUGCCAUCAUCAACCGACGGCAGUCGAGAUUGACUGUCCCAAUCGGUGACGAGUUGCGCCGACUCUCAUCUCCACCUGCGUCCGGGGAGCACUUAACUUCGAGUCCCGCGUUGUGUAAUCCGAGCCCAGUCACGAGCGGACAGACCGGCGACUCGGUCGGCGGGUCAGUUGGAAUGGCCCUCAUCCACGCUGCCUGGCUUCUUGCACCGCAGAAUUGGCGCCCCAACUUGGCCAGUCGUUGCAACAAGACUUUCUCAAAUGUCCACUUUUUAAUGGGCAACUGGCUGCCCACCCUUACUCGGUCUGUACCACUUGCGGGUGGGCGGGAGGAUGAAGGGAUUGACUGGGUUUGUCGCUUUGACGAGUGCUUCGUGAAGCCGAUCUGCCGACCCAAUCGAGUCUCGUCAGUCCCAGCCCUCAACUCUUCCAUUCGCCCCGGCAACUCGACCAGCGGCCGCGGGGUCGAAGAUCACAUCUGCGGACACCGACGUACCAACCAGUCAUCAUUCCACGUCGGACAGUUGAGAUCUGUCCAGCUUGUCGGCAGCGCCUCGAACGAAGCCGAUCAAAGAGACUGGUUGUUGGGGGCUUGUCUCUUGGCUCCUGUUGUUGGGCUGUUUCAUUCGAUCGAUCCUCCUCGUGCCAUCCUCCCGCAUGCAUACAUACCUACAGACUUGCCCGAACGGCUGCUCGUUCGGCUUGUCGGUCUUUGA